AGUCUAAUGAGAUGUUUGCAGCCGGAGAGCGGGGCUGCUGGAGACUCACUGUGAGCUACUAACACACGGGUGGAAGAUUAGCUUUUGUAAUACUCGGUUUGCAUGUACUGAAAGUCAUCUGUCUUCUGAGUCAACAUUCCCGGCCUGGUCAAGAAUCUGAUCAGGGCUCCGGUGAACCAGCCGUAGGUAAGGGAGAUGCAUAACUGGAGGGCGUGCCAUUGACAUGGGAUCCUUCUCUUUCUACUGUCAACAUGACAGGUGACCUGUUCCAGUGUGUCUGGCUUGCAUGCCUCCCUCCAUGGCAAUGUCCGAGUGUCCUGCACUCAAACCACUGAGGCCAGCAGCACCUCUUCUGCCUGUGAGCGAUUUGUCACUUCCUUCUGUAAGACUGGCACCGGCAGACAUGCAGUCCCAGAGGAUCCCGGGGAGAAAGCGAGGCCGACCCCCACUUCACUCAACACCUCUGAAGAUGGCGGUUCGUAACCUUUAUUCCGCUUCAGCUGGCGCUUUGCCAGCAGUGAAGAUCCCCAAGAAAAGAGGGCGGAAGCCUGGGUACAAGGUCAGCAGAAAGACAGAGCUUCCGGAAGAAUUGGUAAUGAAUUCAACCUUUAUCCCUUUGGUUCUCUGCAGUUCCUCCAACUGCUGGAAAAUAAAAAUGCUCAAGUCUCGGGUUCUUAUGACUCCUUUAGCCCUCUCACCUCCGCGGAGCACACCGGAGCCCGACCUCAGCUCCAUCCCUCAGGAUGCAGCCACCAUACCCAGCUUGGCGGCCCCACAGGCUCUCACAGUCUGCCUCUACAUCAAUAAGCAAGCCAAUGCAGGGCCGUACUUGGAGAGGAGGAAGCUGCAGCAGCUCCCCGAACACUUCGGGCCCGAGAGGCCAUCGGCGGUCUUGCAGCAGGCUGUGCAAGCGUGCAUCGACUGUGCCCACCAGCAGAAGUUGGUCUUCUCCCUGGUCAAACAGGGCUAUGGCGGUGAGAUGGUGUCAGUCUCAGCAUCCUUCGAUGGGAAACAGCACCUGAGGAGCCUGCCUGUGGUGAACAGUGUUGGGUAUGUCCUUCGUUUCCUCACCAAGCUGUGCCGAAGCCUCCUGUGUGAUGACCUCUUCAGCCACCAGCCCUUCUCCAGGGGCUCCAGUGGCUCUGAGGAAGCCCAGGAGAAGAAGGAAGGCAGGAUGGAGUCAGCAAAAACAGCCACCACUGAGGAGUGCCUGGUGAACCCUGUAGGCAUGAACCGCUACAGCGUGGACCCCUCCACCUCCGCCUUUAGCCACAGGGGCUCCUUCCCCACCUCCUCCUCACUGUACUGCAAGAGGCAGAACUCUGGAGAUGGCCAUCUUGGGGGAGGCCUGGCCACCACUGCCAAUGGUCCCCGUUCCAGCCCCAUGUCCUCUGGAGGCCCCUUGGCACCUGGGCUGAGGCCCCCAGGCUCCAGCCCCAAGAGAAACGGGACCUCUCUCGAAGGAAACAGAUGUGCCUCGAGCCCUUCCCCCGAUGGGCCAGACGCCAGGCAGCCACGGAGCAGGAACCCUUCCACCUGGACUGUGGAGGAUGUGGUCUGGUUCGUGAAAGACGCUGACCCGCAGGCUCUGGGUCCACACGUGGAGCUCUUCAGAAAGCACGGAGAAUUCGCUUCCCUGCCUUUUCCAACAUCUGGAUGGCUCGGCCCUCGUCCUCCAGUGCAGCAGCCUCAGGAGAUUGACGGCAAUGCUCUCUUGUUGCUGAAGAGUGAUAUGAUCAUGAAGUACUUGGGUCUGAAGCUGGGACCCGCACUGAAACUCUGCUACCAUAUCGAUAAACUGAAGCAAGCCAAAUUCUGAAGGUUUCUCAAAAGAUGGAAGCGAAGUCCAGACAAGCAGGUCUCAGGAUCGUCUUCUGCCUUACCAACAUCCAGCCGCCACGACAAAAUGGCUUCUCUCCUGAAAAAUAACAUCCACAAAGACUGGGUCUUUUUCUAAAACUUGUGCAUCUCUGCCUUUUAAAAAAUUCAACAUGGCCCUUUCGAAAGGCUCCUCUGUGUUAAUGAUUUGCCAAAAAUUAAUGGAAAAGCCUAUUAUUUUAGCAUUCCUGGUAGGUCGGUUGCUGUGAGUAGGGGUUCUGUCUUUAUGAUGAGAGAUCAGGGACCCCAAUGCUACUGCCCAAGGAGAACCCUGGAGGGUUCCACGGAUGUGAGAAGAAAGACCUUUGUCUCUACGGGAACUCCACCAUAGCACCACCUGUUGUAAACGUUUUUAACUCUGCCCCAGGGGACCUGUCAUUGUGAGCCUUUCUUAAUUCAGCUCUGGAAGCUGUCUUCUGAGGAAACAUGCCUCCUCACCUUGCACUAUCUGGAAAACUUGAAUUCUUUUGCUCUCUGAAAGAGAAGAAAAAAAAAAUCUUUUCUAUUCCGAGUUAAUUGAAGUACUGUGUUGUCCCACUAGAGGGCAGACUGCUAAUGAAGUUUCAAGACCCUCCCAGCAGCAGCCUGCUGAUUUAGUACUCACUGGGCGGGUUAGGGUCUUUGUGGACUAGAUCUAGCCUACACAGAUAUGGGGAAUUUCUUCCACAGUCAGCACCACAGAUUGCAACAUGGGGAAGAAACUAUCUUCUAGAACGUUCUAGUUCAUAUCCAGUCAUUAUUGACUGACUGAGAUGCACAAGCAGCAAAGGCAAAAAUUUAGGAGUAUGUUCCUCCCAGAUGGGGCUUUGGAGUUCCCUCCCUUUCAGAGUCCUCACUGGGGUGUUGACGUGUUGGCGAGCUGAAGAGUCUUACUGACAUUUAGCCAUGGGUGUUUCUUUAAAAAAGAAGAAAAAUGUCUCAGAUAAGCUUUGAAAUGGGAGAGUGUUGAUUUCUCGUUACGUUGCUGGAUUAUGUAGUUGUACCGCUGGCUAAUUUUUCUAGCUCUCAACAAAUACACAGACAUGCUCUCAUUGGAUUUAAUUCCAUUUACAAAUAGGUUUUCCCUCCUCAUCGUGGAGUAAUAGGAAAAAAUUGAUUUUUUACCCCUUUGCAGCUGUGUCCAAGGAAGGACGAUGAUGAGUCCCCGAUUUACGAGGCAGAGGGCAACCUCAUCUCCAUUCUUCUUUUUAUCCUUCUCCUUUCUCUCUUUCCCUCUCUCUUUUAUUCGUCCUCCCACGCUGAAGAGUAAACAUAUUUACAAAAUGAAUUCACCUUUGCCAUGGGUAUAUCCUCUACCUUAAAAACAUCUACAGUGUCCGGUUGGAGGUAAGGAGAUGAAGACUAGAUUCCACAAUCUCUGGGAGGGUGAGGAUCAAGGAAAACUCAGGGCCUCCCUGGGUCCAAGUGCAAAUUAGAAAAAGCACACCUUGCUCUGGGAUGUGGGGGCGGGCGGGAGGGUGGUCUCAGGCGAUGAACAGAGAAGGGGGGAUUUCCUCCCCCUCCCCCUCAACCAGGUGCCCUUGCGCAGGACAGAUGUUCACCCUUGGGGCCAGCCAAGCUAGAUUUGCAUAUUGAUCUUCUAUAAAUCAGUUAGAACUUAGAGGAGGACGACCCACUUUGAUGAGAAGAGAAAAAAAAAAUCCUAGCGAAAUCCUUUUUUAGACACACAAACGGAGGCUGGACUGAAAGCAAGACAGAGACAGGAUGGAGGACGAUGUCCUAAAGCUGCCCACAAACUGAGUCUGGGUCAUCAGGUUGUGGAGGGGCUUAGUGUGGUUUGCUUUGGGCACCUGACGGUACUACCCUGAAUCGGGCCUCGAGAUGGGGUCGUCCAGAAUUCUAACGUGACUGAUGACUCUGCCCCUCCAAGUUUGUUCAUUGCUAGUAUUUGUGGCUGGUCUGGAGUUAGCUAAAUCCCCUCAAAAGGCCUUGGCCAGUUUAUGUACUCAGAACUGCCCUGUGAAAACGGUGAGAGGCAGAAAGCCCCCCAACAACCCAGAUGAGCUGGGUUUUUUUGCUCAGUCCUCUGAAACUUGUCCUGCCUCUUCCAUCAACAUACAUAUACCUCGUUGAGAGACUUUCACAACUUCCCACCCACCCCCACCAGUGCCUCCCUCACUACAAAAGCAUGAACGUUGGUGCCCCCAGAUUCAAGUCAUCCCCAAACAAUGUCAAAGAGAUCCUUUGAGUAGGUUUCCAGGGGGAGAGAGAUUUUAAUUAUCUCAAGCCUUGGAGCAAACUGGAUCCACGUUCACGUGUAACUGCUCUCGCGGAGGUGCGAUCUCAUUUUGCAUUAAACUUUAAGCAGUACAGAUUGCUGAAGCCAUGAUAUUUAAGGUUUGACUUUUUAAAAAUCUCAUUACUCUUAAAAUGAAUGCUGCCAUAUCAGAAAAUAACCCAGGGAGGAAAUUCCUCCUUGCCUGUUUUUGCACUGAGAUGCAAUUAGCCAACCAAAUUAUUGUAGCAAUACUGCAAUGAUAAUUAAUUUUCACCCCUUUCAAAAAUCUUGUCAAACCAAGCAGCUAAAUAGCUCAGCAAAUGUAAAACAUGCCAGGCCAUUUCCUCUAAAUGGACCUUAAAGAGUCAGGCCACGUGUGUCACUCUUGUCCAAACGGGAGCUUAUUUCGGGAGCCUCACACUUGUACAGACAUGGUCCUUGUUAUUCCAUUGCCGUAGCUUUGCUUCAGGUUGUAGUGAAUAAUGACAUAGUUUUGCAUAAUUCCAAAUUAGAGUGUGUGAGUGUGUGUGUGUUCAUGUCCAGACAUUUCCAAUCACCCGUGUCUGUUAAACACUUAAAAAAAAAAUCUAGGGACAAUUCUAUUGCCUAACUCAUUUUAAUUAUUUCAUAAGUGCAUGGAUCCCUUUGUGAAGACAUCAGGUAAAAAAAUGUAGGGGGUGUGUGUGGGGGGGGGUGUGUCCUGACACAGUGGUUGGAAGAGCCUAAGGAAGAGGCUGAGAGCGUGUCAGCUAUUUUGUUCUUUCGGUGUAAAAUGUCUCUCCCAGCUUCGGGAACUUGGAGGCAGAACCUUCUCUCUGCCUUUGGGACGAGGUAUCCCCACUAAUGCCAGCAGGGGGCGCCCUGAAGGCAGCUGGGGACGGUGCCGGGUUCUCGUCAGCUUCCCUCAGGCUCUGACCAGCCCAGCGGAGCCAGCCAGCCCAGGUUCCCUGGGACUGAGGCGGGACACCUAGCCGGGGACCUCGCGGGGAGGGGACAGACAUUUUAAGGGCCUUGUUUAGUGCCCACCAGAGGGUUCACCUGGCUCCCCCCAUUGCUCUUCAGCAGGGCUGCCAAGGUUUUCUCCUUUCAUCAGGAAGAAAGAAUGAAGAGCUCCUCAAAACCAAAUACGCUAUUUAAAUCGAUUGGGAAGGAGUCCUGAGCUAGGGUUGGUUUGCUUGAGAAGGAAACCAGCGAGAGAGAGAGAGAGCGAGAGAAGACACCACUCUAAAUUUCUUAAGAA